AUGGCUGACAAUGAGGUCCAAUCGCAGCCGGAUUCGACUUCCGAGCCGCAGAUCCAUCCAAGUCCACAUAUGAAGACGGUUACGGCUGCCCCAGUUCCGAAAACUUACAUCCGAAUGCCGAAGAGAGGAUUCCCUCCAAAUCCUAUGCCUGAGAACUAUGUUCGGCUGGAUCAGAUCACUGAUGAUCUAUACGAAAAGUUCUGCAAAGAAGUGCUUGAAGAAGUUGAACAAGAAUGUAGCCCUCAAGAGCGAAAAAUACUUGACAAUAUGAGCUCUUCGGGAGAUUUCGGUGCGGCUGUGGAUUUUUACGACGAGAUCAUGGGGGAACUUCCAGUUGUGAUGGUUCACAUGCGAACGUCCAAAGUGUUUCUGUCGCCAUCUUUGAGGGAGAAGUGUAUCGAAAAAGUAGUAGCAGUAAAGAAAUCCGAUCCGAAUCCUAUUUGCGCUUCUCUGGCACAUAUUCAGCAACUUUUUGUUGGCUUUCCACCUGAAAUUCGGCUCCGCCAUAUGCUCGUAGCGGAAUUGGAAAGGCAAGAGCCUGGUACGUUAUCUGAGGACGACAAACGCAUCAUGGCGCUGCCUCCUUCAGCGCGUUUCACUGCUAGACCGGGAUUGCUACUUCGUCGUUGCGGAGCACAACAAACCCCCAACACUACUCCUCGAAGAGUUUCAAGCAGGACACCUAAACCUAAAGAAAUAACAACCAUGGAUUCGAAGGGAGACAUUAUUACAAUCAAUGCAAAUCAUUCAUCGGUUGCUCCUCCAACGAAGCUUCCACCGAAAACAAAACCUUUGUUUAUAAAUCUGCUGGUGCCGAUAGAUGAUCGGAUUUAUGAUAAAAUUGCCGAAGUGCUUGCGGAAAGAUGCACAUUGGAAAGCAUAGAAGACGAAUCACUGCGAAUGGCGAUUGAAAAUAUAAGAGAUAGCGGUGAGAUUAUGGUGGAAGACUGGUUGGAAGAACAAUACUUUUGCCCACCCGGGCUACGAUUGCGUGCCAAUGACGACGUUGGGAGGAUAUACUUGAGAAAAAGUGAAGUGGCUGAGGUGUGGCGCAUGUGUUAUGCUACGUUGAAUGAGCGGCCGCAAUGCGACAUUCUCAGCGCUGUGGAAGCACAGUACAUUGGCAUAGCGACAAAGGCUAAUAUGAAAGAAGUUUCGAAAUACGAUUUAUUAAAAGGAGCACGAGUCGUAUUCCCUGCUCCACCGAGGUCCAUUGGCAGGAAGCCUAUGCAGUAUGUCCAGAUAGACAUUUUGCUCAUGGAAGAAACAGUUUAUGGCGAGCGGUCAUAUAGUCAAGCACUAUUUCUGACUGAUCUGUACUCUGGGUACUGUUUCGCUCGUGCGCUUACAGAUAGUCCAGAUUUAGCUAUCAUUGUACGUCAUGUUAUGGACAUUUUUGGAUCCUUUGGACCACCCGAAGCGUACAGAACAUUUUCGACAGACUAUACGGCUGUAAUCGCUGAUGUAAUGCUGGACAUUGAACGGUUAUUCAAAAUUCCGAUAAAAAAUAUGGGUGUUGGGGGAAACCUCACUCGUGAUCUCGUUAGAGCUCUUUAUCGCCGUGCAGAAUCAGAACUGAUGGCAACCAAUCGUUGGGUGGAAGCGUUGCCGUUUGCUGUGAUUGAACAAAACCAACGUCCCUCAAAAUUCUUUGAUCCUAUGAGGACACCAUUCGAGAUAAUGUUCGGCCGUCAUGCAUGGCGCGAUGAGAUAUGUCCACCCUGGGUCAGUCCUGCUACGAUGGAAGAUGUGGAAAUGGAACAGUUGCGGGCAAAAGCUGGCAAGAAGAAUACUAAACGAAGAUUCAUGGAAAAUGGAGAGGAGGAGUAUGAGAAUUCUCAUUUAGACAGUGUCAAGGAUCUCAAAUUGUACGCGAAUUCAUUAGUGGAAAGUAGAAAAAAGAUAAAAACCGCUGUUGCACCUGUGUAUGUACCGGUGUACAAUGAGGAGAACAAGCUAGUAAAUCCUGGGACUGGUUACAUGUUCCAAAUUUUUGAUCGUGUUUACGUUCGGAAUCCACACUUUCACUAUGACUGCAGAUCAUCUAAGCAGCGUCCGCACAUUGCUCGUUAUUAUCGUGGAAUUAUUGUUGAUAUAGACGAAGAUUUGGUAGAUUCCAUGUACAAGAUUCUGUACUGGGAAGAUGAUCCGCAUGAUAUUGAUGCAAUGAGUUCGGCCCAAUGGCCUGCUGCUGAUGAUACGUAUGAUUGUACAUCAUCUUGGUUUGGUCCUUGGGAUGUGACAGCUUCAACUGCACAUCUAGCCAAGCUACGCGCAGUUCCUGCCGAAUAUUCCUCUGAAAGUCUGGUGAGCAAGCGGCGAACAAUUGACGUUCGUUGUCGGUGCGGUAGCCCCGGUUGCUUCGGAUUUGCCAAUUCACGAUGUCCAAGAAAAUUGUCCAUGGAGUGCUGUAUGAAAAGUCCGUUUGACUGCUCGUUCCAUAAAAGAGGAGACCGUAUUCAUUUUGAGGCGGAUCAUCGGUGUAGUCCUGACAAUACCUCACUCAUCACGUUUCCACAUCUCAGAGCACGAGCAGCAGACGCAACUAGCUCUGCUUUCUCGACGAAGAAUGAAAGCUUCGCAUCUGGGGUCGAUUCCUCACCAUACUCACGCCAACCACAGAAAAGUGGACGAUCCUCAGUGAACUCUGUUCAUUCUCAACCCGAAAAGAAAUAUACGUUUAGAGAUGGCAUAUUAGUAGAAGUCUCCGGACACGAACUGGAAGCGCCACCUAGAAGAGGUGCGCCACCAGUGCUAAGGAAACGACGCAUUUCUGAUCCACAAGAGGUCGUCAUCUCAUCUGUACGAACUAGAGAAGGAUGGUCUGUAGAGAGAUCUGACUCUGUAGCUAGCAGUUCUAAUGGAGGUCAUCAAGUUCGCUUCAUCAGCCCUGAACCUGAAUCGCUGCAUUCUCCCACCCCAAGUCCAACACCAUCAGCAUGUUACGAAGUGGAGAUAAGCCCAAGUGACUCUUCACAAACUUUUUCACAAGAUGUAGUCUCCUCUGUGACCCACAGGAGUCCGAGACCCAAAGCUCCUCGCCUUCGAGAUGAUAUGGUCCACGAUGGAAACGGAUUGGAUUGGGACAUACCAGAAAUGUCGCUCCGGCCGAGGGUGGUACCUCGUCGUGAUCACCCGUAUGAGCGCAUGACCCCCAUUAAUAGAGCCGUCAGCCCAACAACAAGGUCAUUGGCGGUCAACUCCAUGAAUCAGCGAUUAGAAAAGUCAGCAAGCCAUGGAGAAAGGAGUUAUACAGCCCGAGUAGUAUCUUCAGCACCUGAAGGAACAUCCAAGGGUGCAAGGGCAUACAAAUUAGUGCCUACGGCUAGAGAAGCUACACACGUCCAUCCUUUUGAUGCCGAAAUGAUAGCUGAAGGGAAAUCUAUCGACUUCGUUAACGAUGAGGAAGAGGACUCCCAAGAAACAGCAUCUCAAACUGCGGUGGUAACAUCGACGAGUGUUCCCCGACGGAUAUUCGUUGUGAAGUCUGGGACAUCUGAUUCACCUCGAAGUAUGGAAAACCCUACCGACUAA